UUUUGGUAACUAGAAAAAUGAUAUUAUCCUUUGGCAAUUCUAUUAGAAUUGCUACUAAAAGCUUUAGAGGAAAGCGUCUAAUAAUAAGGCCUACAACUGUGGCCAGUUAUCAUGAAUCAAAAAGAUUAUUAAAAAAGGCUACUAAACUUGAAGAGAUUGACGAUUCCCCAUUUGAUAAAUUAGCUCAAGGAAUGAACGCUAUUAAGUCAACCAUCUUGAAUGUACCACCACUUCGUAAAGUAACUCGACCUAAUAUUGAGUCACUUCCAUUUACUGGACAACCCAAGUCAUGGGAUGAGGCUGUAAAGGAAGCACAAGGCUUAGUCAUUUCAUCACCAAAUCAGGAACGUAUACUUGACCCUAUUAAAUUAUUGGGUAAAGAUAUAUGGGAAUUAAAAGGAAACAUUACUAGUCUAUUAGGUUCAGGACAUCCAUUUAUUAAAACGAUUGGAAAACAUUAUUUUAAAAAUGAUACAAAUCGUAUAAGACCAUUACUAGUACUUUUGAUGGCUAAAGCUACUUUCAAAAAACCAGGAUUUGGUAAUAAAAUGGCCAUACUUGCAGGUGAUUUCUUAUUAGCACGUGCUUCCCUUGCUUUAUCUACCUUGAGAAAUGCAGAAUGUAUUGAUUUAAUUGCUCAAAGUUGUAAGGCAUCUUCUGUAUUAGCUGGUUGUACUAGUGAUAUUCAUCAAAUUGCCUAUACAUAUGGAAAACAUUUUGGUAUUGCUUUACAGCUAAUUGAUGAUGUACAUAUUUUUACGAAAAGCCCUUCAAAAAUUGAAGCCAAAUUACAUAGUUCAGAAUAUAUAACAGCACCUCUUUUAUUAGCUUGGGAAGAAUUUCCUGAACUAGGAUCCUUAAUUGAGCGACAAUUUAAACAAGAAGGAGAUAUUGAAAAGGCACGCAUUUUAAUAUAUAAAAGUAAUGGGUUAAAGAAAACCUUAUUGUUAGCAAAAGAACAUAUAGAAUUAGCUACUACAGCAAUUGAAAAACUAGCGCCUUCUGACGCUCAAACAGCAUUGAUUCAAUUAGCAAAAAAUUUACCAUCUAGAAACAACUAAAAUUUGUAGAAUAAUACAAGACCGUUUCUUUUCUAUAUUUACUAUAAUUUUUUUUAAAGCAUUCAUACAGCAUACACGUUCUCUUCACUGUAUAUAUUUAUAUAGAUAGAUAGAUAGAUAAAUAUCAAAUAAAAUCAUUUUAC